GUGUUUGGGUGGCGGCGGCGGAGGACAUGGUGCGCUCGCUCAACUCCAUCGUGGCCGUGUGCCAGAACAUGGGCAUCGGGAAGGACGGCACGCUGCCCUGGCCGCCGCUGAGGAACGAGUACAAAUACUUCCAGAGAAUGACCACCACGUCCCACGUGAAAGGUAAACAGAAUGCACUGAUAAUGGGUAAAACAACCUGGUUCUCCAUUCCUGAGAAGCAUCGUCCUUUAAAAGACAGAGUUAAUAUAGUGCUCAGCAGGGAGCUCAAGGAAACCCCAAAAGGAGCACAUUAUCUUUCCAGAAGUCUGGAUGAUGCCUUAGCUCUUCUGGAUUCACCAGAAUUAAAAAGUAAAGUAGACAUGGUGUGGAUCAUCGGAGGCACUUCGGUUUAUAAGGCAGCAAUGGAGAAGCCAAUUAAUCAUCGAUUGUUUGUGACAAGAAUUUUGCAUGAAUUUGAAAGUGACACAUUUUUUCCAGAAAUUGACUACAAUGACUACAAACUUCUCACAGAAUACCCAGGUGUCCCUACUGAAGUCCAGGAAGAGAAUGGCAUCCAGUACAAAUUUGAAGUGUAUGAAAAAGCUGUCUUGGCACAAUAAAUGAGUCUUUCUGUACUUCUGCAUAAGGGCAGGCAUUUUAAAUUGUAAAAUCUUAUUGAGUGGAAAUACACAUUGCAUCACUGUGAGAAAGUCCUACUUGAUAGUACAAUACUUCAACAGUGAAAGAUUCCAGAAAACACACCCUACGUUACAAAUAUAUGUGGAAAUAUGAGGGUAGUCAGCAGCAGCUGCAGCUCCAACCCUGACAGUGAGAGCCUAUAAUCUCAGAUCCCUAUCUCCCUUUUAUUGCAGAUCAGUCUGUGAGCAGGAAAAUUAAAAAAAAAAAAAAAAAAGAGUAACCCUAAAAACUCUGAUGACUGCUUCCCCAAAGCAUUUUAACAGCAUUGUGUUAUGAAGCAUUCUUAUGGGAUAUACAGGUAACAUUGCCCUUAGUGUUGCACUAAGACACGGUUCUAACAUCAGUGAGGAUUGUAGUGGACAUUGACAAGUUUUACACAGCUUGACUGCACAGCACAGCAUAACAAUGGCCAGUUUUCUAAGAGAAAAUUAAAAGUUGAUUUUGCAUGCUUUUGAAAAGCUAAAACCAAGUUUCAUGUAAAAGCAAAAAACACUUAGAAUAUCAGCUGUGGAUACCCCUUGAAUUCUUCAU